CAGCCCUUCCCACAGUCAUUUGAUCCUUGCCAUGCUGUGGGUUUGAAUGGAGCACUGCUGAGUCCAGAAGCCAGAUGUGCUGCAGCUGCUCUACACUUAACUUGCAACUUGGGUUCGUCUGACAAGAGAAUCAGUACUAGUGAGAUCACUUGGGCAUGGACAGGGCACUGAACUUCAUAAUAAGCAGCAUACACAGUCUCUGAUCCCACUGCCCUCCACAACAGAGGUACAUUAGCACCCAGAGGUAUAUAUACUGAAAAGAAUCACUGAACUAAAGCCCUGCAGCAACCAACAGCGUUUGGGUGAUCCCGGGUCGGAAUGGCUGACUGGAGCCAGGCACGGGCUGCUGAGCUGGGGAGGAAAGUGCUGCUAGCUGCCGUCUGUGAGUUACUGCUACUGUCGCACUACUGUACAGGCAGGAGCCUCAGCAAGCGAGCACUGCAUCUGAAACUGAGCGACAAGUAUGAGGACUAUGAGUAUCCACUGCACCCCCAUAACACAAACUACCAGAAAAAUGAUCGGUGCCCUCCUCCUCCCCAGAGCCUUCCAGAACGUGCCUGUGAGGUGGCCAGCUGCCGAUCAGACUCUGAAUGUGAGAGGCAUAAGCGCUGCUGCUAUAAUGGAUGCAUAUAUUCAUGCUUGGAGUCUGUCCAACCUCCACCAGUUCUCGAUUGGUUGGUGCAGCCAAAGCCUCGCUGGCUUGGUGGCAAUGGCUGGCUUCUUGAUGGACCAGAGGAAAUAUUGCAAGCUGAAGCAUGCAGUACCACCGAGGAUGGUGAUGAGCCCUUACAUUGCCCAACAGGAUAUGAAUGUCACAUAAUCAACCCGGGCAGCCCAGCAGAAGGAAUCCCCAAUCGAGGACAGUGUAUCAAACAAAGAGGGAACUCGGAUGGGAGACAUUUGAGACAUAAAUAUUACAAAGAAAACCAUGAUGGUAACUACAAUAAUGUUGUGGUUGGAUUUGAAAAACAACCGCAAAAGCAUUUAGGAUAAAAGACAUUGCUUAAUCAGCUAUAUCCCAAAAUAUAUCCCCAAAAGGCACAUCAGAGCAAAGUAUGUGACUGCAACAAAGUCCCUACUAGUCCUAGACCCCAACGCUUCAGCCCAUAUGAUGAGUUCUCAGAAACAUUAUUAUUAGUGGUGUAUUUCUUAUGUAUCUAAAUAUCAAAUGGAUGCUGCUUGUAACCAAAGAAACUGUCAUGGAACUAUGUCACCAACAAAUAAGUAUCUUCCACAUCUCACCAAUGAAACAAUUUAUAAUCAAAUGCUACACUCCAAUACGUUCCCAUAAAAUGCAACUCUGCAUAUUUCUUGCCGUCCUGGCCCAUGGAGGGACACUUUCUACUCCAAAUACAUUAGGGAGAACCAGCAUCUUCCUCUUCAGUAGGAAAAACCUACCAUUGGUUGUAUUCUCGGGCAUCAUUGGAUUUGACAAUUCUACUGAGAAGUACUUGCUUCGUAGCUAUUAGGCUUUUUUUCUUUAAGGUAAUGCUGCAUCUUUAAGCACUGGAGAACUGCAUUAUGGGAGAAAUGUGUUAUUAUAUAUGUUACACUCAAAAGCAAGUCUGCCCAGUGUUAUGCCUUAAGCAGAUAAUAGAGUAUAGAUUUUCCAUGGAGGGAGGAUUUACCUUGAAUCAUUCAGCGAGCUGUUUGGUUUUAUAAAGUAUGUGUUAUUUGAUUGCAAUGGGACUACAUAAAAAGUCCCAGCAGGUGAGCCAAACUAAUAAUCCACAAAAUCCCAGAAUUUCAGAUGGAUUUGGAUUUUGUUGAAUCCCGAGUGCCUGGCUGAAGCAAUCAACCCCCUUAAAGGUUUACUAGAGGAUAAGUAACAAUUUAAUAUAAGCUUCAUGCCUAGAAAUAAACUUUCUAUAUAUAAUCAAUUCAAAAUUUUGUGCUGUUUCUGAAAUAAUUAAGUUUUACUACCUCCUCUCAGCAAUAUGUCUCUCUACAUGCAGCCUUGUGUCGGAGUUGAUCAUUUUGAAAGACAACUCCAAUACCUUAUCAAGGCAGCGGUAGCACGCCAAUGUAUUUGAUACAACUAGCAAUCAAAAUCUGACUCUGACUCCUGCAGAGAGACAAAUUGCUGAGAGAGGAUAGUGAAGAGUAACUUGAUCAUUUCAAAAAUGUCCAUUAUUUUCCUAAGCUUUUAUUCAGUUUUUGUAAAAGCUUUGUAAUACAAUUCAGUCGCAUUUUUGGUAAUGUAUAUGAGGUAUCAAACAGUGUGUAUAUUACCUUGAUAUAUGAAUAAAUGAAUUUUUGUGU